AUGGUCUCCAGCAAUUCUCGCAUCAUUAUCCUCGGCGGCGGUGCCUGGGGUCUAUCAACAGCACUUUACCUGAUGGAAGCUGGCUAUUCAGAUGUUACGAUAUUAGAACGUGCCGAGGCCAUACCUUCGCCGUACUCUGCGGCAUAUGAUUUAAACAAGAUUAUCCGUGCAGAAUAUGAAGAUGAGUUCUAUUCAAAGCUUGCGUUGGAAGCAAUUGAAGGGUGGAAAACUCCGCUAUUUGGGCCAUACUAUCACCAAACCGGCUAUGUGGUAGCAACAACCGGCAAGGCACCCGAAAAAGCCGUCACGCAUCUCGAGAAGGCGUUGGCCUCCAUCGAAAAGGACCCCGCGUUUGCCCCUGGAAUUAAACGGCUAGAUGGCUCAAGCGACUUUAAAGAUUAUACCUGGCAGUAUACAGGCCCACUAUCCGGCUUCAAGGGCUACUUCAACCGCCUUGCCGGAUAUGCCCACUCAUCGGAUGCCAUGAAAGGGAUUUGGGAUCAUAUCUUGGCGCGAGGAGUCAAAUCCAUACUGGGCGAACGUGCGGGGAAGGUGGUUAAGUUGGAAUAUUCAAACGGCAAGGCAACCAGCGUCACGACAGCCGAUGGAAGAACUCAUAAUGCCGAUUUGAUUAUAUCUGCCCUUGGUGCCGCCGGCGCUGCAGUGCUUCCGCAGAUCGGCAAGUCUUCUGUCGCUCGUUCUUGGUCCGUGGCCCACGUACAGCUCACAGAAGAUGAGUGCAAUCUAUUACGCGGUAUUCCGACGACAAACAUCCGUGACUUAGGCUUUUUCUUCGAACCUGAUCCAAGGACAAAGCUCUUCAAGCUAUGCCCGCUCGGAAUCGGGUAUACAAAUACAAACCAACAUGGGAUAUCGUUGCCACCAUCUGAACAGUUUCGUGGUUCCCAGGAUUUCAUCCCAAAAGGUGACGAGCAGAAACUUAGGCGGCUAUUGCGGGAGACUUUUCCUUGGAUGGCCGAUCGGCCUUUCGUGGAUAAAAAGCUAUGUUGGUUCUCAGACACCGCAGACUCUAAUUACUGCAUCGACUUUGUACCUGGCUCGAAUAACUCUGUCAUUGUUCUGAGCGGCGAUUCUGGACAUGGAUUCAAAAUGAUGCCUAUAUUUGGAAAAUGGGUUACCGAUCUCAUUGUCAAAGGUAGACAGAGCGAGGCUCGCUGGAAAUGGCGUAACCCAAGUGAAAACGCGUCGCAAUGGGGUGACUCCGUAAGUUGGAGAGUCGGUCAGGGAGCCGAGUUGAGCGAACUUGUUGGACUAGAUGCGAGAGUAGCUUCACCCAAGUUAUAG